AUGUUAUUUUUAAUUUUAUUUUUAUUAAUUUCAACUCCUCUUAAUUUUAUCAAUUUUGGCAAUUCAUUAAUUAUUAAUGGAAAUAAUUUGGAUUUUGAUAAAAUUAAAUUUAAUUAUUUUCGUAUAAAAAGACAAGGAAGAUUUAAAAGAGCAAACAAAAAAUGGACUUUAGAUGAAUGUAAAUAUGCUUCUUUUGGGAAACCGUGGAUGUUAGAAGAUUGUUGUAAGCAAGGGCAUGGGAGGGCUAUGAUGUUGGGUUGUAAUUGAUACUGGGAAAUGAUUUGGGGAAAAAUUGAUAAAUGAUAAAAUGAUUAAUUGAUAAAUGAUUAUAUUUUUGUAAAGGAGAUCGGUUAUGUGAUAACUUUUAUGAGAAAAAAUUUUUUUUGGCUCUAGUUUAAGAUACGCGUCUCAUGAGCGUUUAAGUGCCCCUCAGGUUAGUGGACAGUAGUCCAUGGAUACGUCCCAUGAGCAACGAUUUAGCUGUGCCAGGGAUCCUACCGACGUAGAAAUAAAAUUCCCGAUUUCGGGGAUCGGGUCGGCAGGAUCCAUGGACUGCACUUCGCUUACUGUACUUCAUCAUGGGACCCCGGGGGCGCUUAAACGCUAACGUAUGUAUAUCGUAUGUAUAUCCUAAACGUAUGUAUAUCCUACGUAUGUAUAUC